UGCCACACCGAUAAUUUCAUUUUGUCAACAUGAUUAUCGCUUGCGCAUGACGCUGAGAGCAGAAUCAAUCGAUAAAGCCACAGAUGAAGAGGAAUAUUGGUAAAAAUGACGGCACCGGAGGCAGAAAAUCGCCAGAAACUGCUUCGCGCAGUAAAAAAAGAGGUGAAGCAGAUAAUGGAAGAAGCUGUCACCAGGAAGUUUGUCCAUGAGGAAAGUAGCAGCAUCACCUCCCUUUGUGGAGCUGUUGAGGCCUGUCUCCUUCAUGGCCUCAGAAAGCGAGCAUUAGGACUGUUCAAACUGAGUUCUACUACUGCACUACUGCAAAAACUGUCCAAAAGUUGUGAACCAGCCGCUGUUGUACUCAAAUCUCUGAAUAAUGUGGAAAAUAAUUACGAGGCAAACAGAAAGAGUGUGGACAGCAAUAAAAACCAGACUAAGCAGACCUGUAAGACUUGCCUACCGCGAUAUCUCUGGAUACGACUAGCCAUAUUCGAAAAACAGCUCCACAAAAUACUUGACUACCUUGUUCAGAAUUACAGUCGGUAUUAUGACAGUGAGGCUCUGAUAGCUGAUCCAGUAGAUGGACCAAUAUUUGCCUCUCUUCUGGUUGGUCCUUGUGCCCUGGACUACACUAAAAUGAAGACCACAGAUCACUUUUGGACAGAUCCCCCAGCAGAUGAAUUGGUGCAGCGCCACAGGAUACACUCCAGCACCAACCACCUGACUGGUCCAGGCUCACCUAAACGACCGGGUCUGCAGCCGAUGACAAAUUUUCAGAUGAGGAACACAAGCUCUAGCAGUGAGGAGAGUUCUAAGAGUUUCCAUCACUCGGCUCGUGAUUAUGUGGAAUCACUCCACCAAAACUCAAAGACAACUCUACUGUAUGGAAAAAACAAUGUUUUGGUUCAACCGAGAGAGGACACAGAGCCGUUAGCCGGUUAUUUGUCCCUCCAUCAAUCGGCCGAGGGUCUGACCAUCAUGUGGACACCUAAUCAGCUGAUGAAUGGGUGUUGUGAGGACACAGAUGAUGAAAUUGAUCGCAGCCUGUAUUGGGACUAUGCUUUAACUGUGUACCUAGAUGAAAUAGUGUAUAUCCACUGUCACCAGCAGCCUGACUGUGGCGGUACCAUUGUAUUGGUGGGUCAGGAUGGUGUACAGAGGCCCCCAAUCCAUUUCCCUAAAGGAGGGCACCUGCUGGCAUUCUUGUCCUGUCUGGAGAAUGGUAUCCUCCCCCAUGGGCAGCUGGACCCCCCUCUCUGGUCACAAAGGGGUAAAGGAAAAGUCUUCCCAAAACUGAGAAAGAAGGGGAGUCGACUCUCUCUGCUUUCAGGCAGCACAAGUUCCACAGGAAGUAGCACUAGUUCCAGUGCAGACGAGGAGGAGGCCACAGAUUACGUGUUCCGCAUUAUCUCCACAUGCCGACCAGACAGCAUUCCUCCUGAAAUGAUGGACCCUAAAGUGAAUGUGAAGGGAGACUACUCCUGGGCUAACAAGAUCCCCCGAGCACCUGCUCUGGUGGACUCUUCAUCUGUACAGAGUUACGCCAAAAUCCAAGAACAGCAAAACAGUUCUUGUCUGAAUAAGUCAGCCACAGAUCACAGGUAUCAAAUGACAACAAUUAAACAUUUAUGUGACACAAUGAAGACACAGAUUAUCUCCAGAGCCUUCUAUGGAUGGCUUGCCCACUGCAGACACUUGAAGACCGUAAGAACACACCUGUCUGAGUUAGUUUUACACAGGAUUGUCCCAGCCAACAUUCCGUAUGAUGCUUCCUGUGGUCUAACACAAAGGACAUGGCGGGAACUCAAUCAGAAUGGAUCGGUGUCUAAUCCAGAAGAAGUCUACAGACUUGUUUAUUAUGGUGGAAUAGAAAACUGCAUCAGGAAAGAGGUUUGGCCAUAUCUCUUGGGUCAUUAUUCCUUCAAGAGUACAGAGGAGGAGCGCCAGAGAAUAGAUGGCCAUGUGAAAACAAUUUAUGAGAAGACAAUGUCCGAGUGGCUGGCUGUGGAGGCCAUUGUAAGACAGAGGGAGAAGGAAACAAUGGCUGCCAACAUCCUCAAGAACAUGUCAUCUGAGAGCACAGACAUGACACUGCCUCCUGGGCCUUUUACACGAGGAGACUCUAGUCUGAGUAACGAUGUGUUUGAGUCCCUGGAUGAGUGGGACAACAUCAUGACCCAGGAAACUGUCAUAGAGGAGAGCUCCACGACUGGGACCACAUGUACCCCAACCACAGACAGGAAGCAGAGCCUGGAGCUGCAUCUACAAGGGGAAAUAAUUACAGUGGAGGAACAAAUCUCACACAAUAUCAAGCUAAAUAAAAGAGACUAUGUGUGUAAGUCUUUCUCAGAGAGCCCUGAUGAUGGAUUAGGGGACUCUAUAGCCCCUCACAGUUCUCAGGAGAGGUCCAAACUGGACUCAGCAGAAGAUUCAGAAGGAACAGACUUCUUUAAGAGUGACAGGGAUGGGAGUCACCUAACAAAACUCUCCUGUUCUUUAGACAGUGCUGAGGCAGAUGUAGAGGAAGUGAGCGAUGAUAGUAGUGAUGAGGAGGAUAGUGAUGUGUCUUCUGAUCAGGAGAUGACAGAGGGCACAGCUAAAUCUACACUAGGACCAAUAUCAACAGAACAAAACAGAAGAUUGUCUGCUUCUAAGGAGAGUUUGAUUUCCCCUGCCUCUCCGGCCUCUCAAGGCGGGGUGUACUCGGCAGAAAUAUUGGACACUGUCGGGCUAAAUCUCCACAGAAUAGAUAAAGACGUACAGCGGUGUGACCGGAACUACUGGUACUUCACGCCAGCUAAUCUGGACAAACUCCGCAAUAUCAUGUGCACAUAUGUGUGGGAACAUCUUGAUGUUGGUUAUGUGCAGGGAAUGUGUGAUCUCGUAGCACCACUUCUAGUCAUAUUUGAUGAUGAGUCACUAACAUACAGCUGUUUCUGUGAGUUAAUGAAGAGAAUGUCUGCUAACUUCCCCCACGGAGGGGCCAUGGACACUCACUUUGCCAACAUGAGGUCUCUAAUACAGAUUUUGGAUUCGGAGCUGUUUGAACACAUGCAUCACCAUGGUGACUACACACACUUCUACUUCUGUUACAGAUGGUUCCUGUUAGACUUUAAACGAGAGCUGAUAUAUGAUGACGUAUUCUCAGUAUGGGAGACAAUCUGGGCGGCUAAGUACAUCAGCUCCCCCCAUUUUGUACUAUUUAUAGCCCUGGCAUUAGUGGAAUUUUAUCGGGACAUUAUCCUAGACAACAAUAUGGACUUCACAGAUAUCAUCAAGUUUUUUAAUGAAAUGGCAGAGAGACAUAAAGCCAAACAAGUUCUGAAGAUUGCUAGAGACUUAAUUCACAGGCUCCAGACACUUAUAGAAAAUAAAUAAGGUGUUCGGAAGUAAAUCCCCAUUAUUGCUUAGGAAAUUCCCUGAAAUGUUAAAAUCUGGACAACAAAAGUAUAAGAUUGUUCAACAUGGUUCAGUUUCUAAUGGAUAUUUACCCUUGGUAUAAAUCUGGCAGAAAUCUGUAUUACAAAGUAGUUAUUUUUGUCUUGUACUGUGGCUUUGCAAGUUUUUAACACAGAGUUUGCAUACAAUGUAGAGUCAUUAAUUAUGGAUUACAGUGAAUUUUAAGACUGUAAGAAACUGCAUUAUUUUUUACAAAGAGUUGAAAAAAAAUGGCAUGUUUACUUUUUUAAAAUAUCAUGACACAAUCACAUUAUUUAUCACUGACCUUUUCAUUUGUUUCUCAAAAGAAUCUGUAACAAAGUUCAGUUUUUAAUAUGUUAAUAUUGUUCUUAUCAAGUUAGAAUGGAAUUUGAAAGUGUUUAAGAGAAUGACAUGCUAUAUGAGAAAAGUGAAAAAGCAAAAUUUCUGUAAUAAGACAUUUGUGAGUGAGAACAAAUGUUGCCGACUUAAUACAGUUAAACUUUGAUAUCUCGAACACUGAUAUCUCGAAUACCAUGGCUAUGUCGAAGUGAUUUGGAAGUCCCAAAUCUUAUUUCUUUAAGUAUUUUACCCUUGAUAUCUGGAAUCCUCAGAUAUUUUGAUUUUUUUUCUUGGUCCCAUCGAGUUUGAGAUAACAAGGUUUGCCUGUAAUUGAUUCACAGGAUGUAGGAGUAGUUGAGUUAUUAUAACUACACAUGUAUUGAAAAUCUUUAUCCCAUUGUAUCUGCUGUUAGUAAUAAUGAAACAAAAAGAUAAAAGCUGAUUAAUUCAAAAUUUUGAAAAAAAUACAAAUGUUAUAUAUUUAAAGAAUGACAGAUAGUGUUCACAAAAAAAAAUACACGUUUUAGUAUAAUUUAUGUAGUUAUUUAAAGAAAUAUUCAGCUUUCACCCAGAAAUCCCUCCCUAAAGGCAUGAUGUAUCUCAGACAAAGAAGUGUGUAACAACUUCAGCAUUCAAAGCACACUCUUUGAUUUAACACAUUUUAGAUGCCAAAAUUGAGUGACUCUAUAGAUGGUUUUCCAUCGAGGUGAUUUAAGCAAGAGUUAUUUCCCAUGGCCGCCAUAUUGUAGGUCAACAUCCCCAGAUCCCUUCAUUAUUCAACCAAGUUCAAUUUGUUAUACUGGGCACUGAGGUGAAGAUAACACUGUUUUUGCUUAUGAAAAUACGUUUGUUAAAGCUUCUUUUAAUUCAUAAUUUAAAUAUUGUAAAUAUUUUUUACCAUAUAUUUCUGGCAUGCAUGUUUAAAAUUGGUUGCUCAAAGAGGAAAAUUCACAACUUCGACCUACAAGAUGGCGGCCAAGGGGAAUAACUCCAGGGCAAAAUACGUCGUAGGAAAACCAUCUAUAGAUGAAUGUUAUUAUUUUCAAUAAAUGAUACAUUAUCUAUGGUCAGUAACAUUGAUUACCAUCACAACAAUGACCUCAAUACUUCAUAUUGUAUGCUGUCUGGUCAAUAUUCAAUUUAAACCAAUGUGGUUGUGAACAUAGGUUGUUUUUACAGAUAUUCAGUUAAUUAUCCCCAUGACAAGUAAUCUGUUGAGAGAUAUAUGACACUUUUUACUUGUUUGGUUUGUCACUUCACAUCAUGAAUAAAGGUGUUCACAUUUAUUGAAGUCAGUGUAAAUGUCAAUGUACAUGUAAACAUAGAUAACUGUACUUGUGGGUUCUUCAUUAGUUCAUGGCAAGCAAAAUAUUGAUAUAUUUAUUUCUUGGUUGAUAAGCUUCCCAUUUAUAUAACAGAUUACCCAACUUUCCAAAUCGAAAUAAUUUUUCCCACUAAAUUUGGAUAUAUAUAUACCUCAAAGUUCGUGUACUUAAUCUUCCCUUGAUUUUGAAGUUAUUUAGAUAAAAAAAAAGUCCAUUUGCCAACACAUCAAGAUAAUCAUUAUGAACAAUCCAUUAUGGGUUUCUCCCAUUCACUAUUUUGUGGAUUAAUUAAUAAAACUAUUGUUUGUUGUUGUACAAGCCAUCUGUGUUAGAUUUGUGAUUUUGUAUAAAUUGUUAUUAUUUAUUGACUGUGUUAUUGUUGAUGAUUGAAAAUUUAAUGUAAUAAAUACCAGAA